AUGUACUCGGGAUCAUUCCCAAAACUCGUCGUCGGCUUCCUCCUAGGCGCCGCGCUGGUGCAAGGAGCGUCUAUUCCAAGCGUCGACCAACGCAACAACACCAGUGCCUUGAACACUCGAGCUGCCAACGGUUACCGAAUUACAGGUUAUCAGAAUGCUCAAUGUACCGGCGAGGCCAUUCCUUACUCUGGUGAUGACGAGGAUUGCCACACUGGUCUCGGUAACGGCGGUGUCGGAUUCCAGCUCUUGGCUCUAGAUGCUGACUGCCAGCUUGCUUUCUAUGGCCAGGAUGGAAUUUGCUUUACAAAAUACGAUGUUUUCACAGAAAAUUAG